AUGAGAAGCCUCGCCCACCUCUUAACUUUCACUGCGUUUUUGCAGACAGGCACCAGUGCAGUGAUCGACCGCCAUUCUCGUCGGGACACUGCACCAGCCAACCCCUACGAUGCGAACACUUCAGCAGACUGCACUUGGUGGUUUGAUAUGAAUGGACCCAUAAGUUGCGACGAUCUGCUGGAAAACAACAUGAUCACCAUUGAUCAGUUCCGUCGAUGGAAUCCUUCCAUCACGGCCAAGUGUGGCGGAAUGACGGUGGGCAAGUCCUACUGUGUCGAAGCAAUGUUUGAAAACGUUCCAGAUCCUCAACCUGGAACUCCCACCAAGCCGAGCACUACGAAGCCUACCCAGAACACACCGGUCAAACCCUCCAAUGGCGUCCAGACUCCACAGCCCCUGCAGCUUGAGGUUGUUGAUAACUGCAAAACAUUCCACCUGGUUGCAAAAGGCGAGACUUGCGCUGCAAUCGCUGUGAAGUACAAGAUUCCUGUUGAAAAAAUCGUCGAAUGGAAUCCCAGCGUUCAAGACGGCUGCUCGGGUCUUUGGGCUGACGCAUGGGCAUGUGUCAUGGCACUUGACUACGUCCCAGGUGGCGACUCACCUGCACCUUCACCCACCAAACCUUCCAACAGCAUCAAUACACCCGAACCGACACAGCUUAUCAUCGUUAAUAACUGCAACAAAUUCCACUUUGUCAAGUCAGGCGAAGGCUGUGCCUAUAUCGCCUCCAAGUAUUCAAUCACGGGCGCUGAGUUCCUGAAAUGGAAUCCGUCGAUCGAAACCGGUUGUACUGGACUAUGGGCCAACGCGUGGGCCUGUGUCUCCACAAUCGACCAUAAACCAAGCACACCUACCAAGCCUACAACCACCGCGAAGCCUUCAGCAACAGGCAACGUACCUUCACCGAUCCAGGGUGGCAUCGUCAAGAAUUGCAACAAGUACCAUCUUGUCUCGAAAACAACAACUUGCAAUUCGAUCGAGAAGUACUACAGCCUUCCUUUUACCACUUUCUACAAGUGGAAUCCAUCUGUUGGAGAUAAGUGCCAAUACCUUAUGGCUGGAUACCACGUUUGCGUAAGUGUCCCUGGCUGGACACCCACCCCUACGACUGGAAAUAAUGGCGUUGAGACACCUCUGCCUAUCCAGAGUGGCAUGACCAGCUCAUGCAACAAAUUCCACCUUGUUUCUAAAACGACGACCUGUUCCUCAAUUGAGUCUUACUAUAAGCUCGAUAUGUCGGACUUUCUGAAGUGGAACACUGCUAUUGACAAGUCUUGCAACGGCCUCUGGGCUGGCUACAAUGUGUGCAUCGGGGUCAUAGGCCAGAAGCCUAAACCGAGCCCAACCACGCCUGGUGGUGUGCAAACACCUUCGCCUAUCCAGACAAACAUGGUCAAGGGUUGCAAGAAGUUCCACCUUGUCCAAUCAACUACUACGUGUGCUUCUAUUCAGAAUUACUACAAGAUUUCCUGGGCUAACCUGUAUAAAUGGAAUCCAUCUAUUGGGUCAGGCUGUAAAGCAUUGUGGGCGAAGUACUGGGUCUGUGUAGCUGUUUGA